CCAAGGUGAAGCCUCACGCGCGCACACACACACACGCGCACACACACGCGCGCACACACGCGCGCACACACACACACACACACACACACACACACACACACACACACACACACACACACACACACACACACACACACACACACACACACACACACACUGCCGGAUCUUUGCAAAGAGAAUCGGAGCUCACUUGAGACGCGAUGAUGGUCCAGCUGGCCGUGGCGCUGCUGGUUUUGUCGGCGCUGGAGCGAGCGGUGGGAUUGGAUAAUAUCGAUCUCCACGACAGCCUUCCGGAGAAGCCCGCGAGUCAGAAGGGACGCCUCUCCCUGCAGAACACAGCUGAGAUCCAGCACUGCCUGGUGAGCGCGGGCGAUGUCGGCUGCGGUGUGUUCGAGUGCUUUGAGAAUAACUCCUGCGAGAUCCGAGGGCUGCAGGAAAUCUGCAUGACGUUCCUGCACAACGCUGGCAAAUUUGACUCUCAGGGGAAGUCCUUCAUCAAGGAUGCUCUGAAAUGCAUGGCUCAUGGGCUGCGGCACAAGUUCAGCUGUAUCAGCAGGAAGUGCGUGUCCAUUAAAGAGAUGGUGUUCCAGCUGCAGAGAGACUGCUACAUCAAACACAACCUGUGCUCCGCCGCGAAGGACAACGUGGCCAUCAUGGUGGAAAUGAUCCACUUCCAAGAUCUCUUCCCCAAAGGGCCGUACGUGGAGCUGGUGAAUAUCCUCCUGAGCUGCGGCGAGGAGGUGAAGGAGGCGUUGACCCGGAGCGUCCGGCUGCAGUGCGAGCAGAACUGGGGGGCUCUGUGCGACAGCCUGAGCCUCUGCUCCUCCCUCGCUCCGUCCCCCGCCGCCGUGGACCACCACCAGCGCCGCCCCCUGCCCCCCCACCCCGAACCGGAGCACCCUCGCCCGCCGCGGCAAGGCGACAAGGAGAAACCCGCCAAGGCGAGCUUCAACGCUCACCUGCGCAACCGCAGCCAGGGGCCCCGCCGCCAGAGCCCCGAGGCCGGAGCCGGAGCCGAAGACCCCGAAGCCUCGAACAUCCGGAGGCGUUCACCAUCGCAGGCCGGUCUCUGCUUGUAGCCGUGUUUGAACACACUGAAGAGUGAUGGGUGCAAAAAUAAAUACAAAAACCUGCUUAGAUUGUGUUGCUCAGUUAAGCGUUUCUUUAAUUGUUUUUCUAUUUUGCUGAUGUACUUACAGUAAAGUAAUGCUUUUCCUCCCCCACCAUUUAUUAUAUGUGCAGAGGGUUUGAAUCAUCAAUGAGGCGUUCAGGCUCUUCUGUUGUUUUUUCUUCUUUUUCUUCUGUUGGGAUUCCUGUGACAUCCCACGAGACAUAAGCUAAUCCUAUGAGAAUGUACUGUAUGUGUGUGAAGUGACAAUCUGUCUCUCUGUCAUUAGGCUUAUUUUUUUGUAAUACUGUAGUGGCUUGAAUGGCUUUACUUUAUUUGUGCAGAGGAAAAUAAAAACGUUGUUAUAGUUUCCUCCAUGAAGCACAAUGAAGUUGCAGAACAUGGUCUAGAAGUGUGUAACUCACCUGUAAGACAUGGGGCAUACGAUCCAGCUCAAUAUCUGUGGACUCAUGAUGUCGGAUGUAUCUUGUUACCAUUAAAAUAUUUUUGUCUGUA